GUUAACGUUCAGUUCUAAUUAUAUGACUUUGCUAUCACUACUAGUAACACAACGAUCUACCAGAGUACGGCUUCCUCUUGGUCCCUGCGAGUAACAGAUUAAUCCUGUUCUUGUGGAACAAUUACGGUUUCAUCUUGCCCAAGCCACCGUGACAUUGCCUUUGCUUGUCUCAUCGAAUGAUGCUCUCCGUGACUCCUCAUACACCACCAUCACAUAAUUCCCCAAUGUUACCGCCAGAUACAGUUCCAUUCAUUCGUCAUACCUCAGGAGCUGAUUAUCGCACGGGGGAUCUGAAACUGGGCCGCACCGCUGUUCUCACUGAUUUGGGAAGGUAUCUGCGGGUUCCAUUCGAUUGCCUGGUGAAAUGCGUUGGUGCCAUGCCCUCUCAGCAGGAUCUGCAGCAGAUACGCAACAACUUGACAAAGUGCAAGAUUCUCACCGACGACAAGAGUGGCUUGCGAUGGACGGACUUUACCCCACCUGCCACAUCAAAAGUGUCCGAAGAGAAUGCGUUUAAGCCCCUCGGUCGCAUCAUCGCUGAAAUUUUGGCGGAAGUCCCGAAGAGUGGAGUCUCGUUCCUAGCGAACCCAAACGUGUCACCCCUGUCGCAGCGCAACAAUACUUCCAGGCCUGAUGGAUACCUUGUACUUAGCAGCCAAAAAACCCAGCCCAAGAUACAUUGGUUCGAUAUUGCUGUUCCAUUUGAGUUCAAGAAGGCACAGGAUAGAGAGUCUCUCCGAGAUGACGAACAUAAGAUAAUCUGGAGCCUUCACAGUAUCAUGCGCGAGGAUCUUCGUCGUCGUUUUGCGUUUGGUAUCACAAUGGAGGACACGCAAUUGAGACUGUGGCUCAGCAAUCGAGCGUUCCUUGCAGUUACGGAACCUAUCAACUUCUUCGAGAACAUCGAUGGUGUUAUCUCGCUCUUUUACGCUCUUGGAUCUGCGUCUUCGGAUUUGAAAAACCUCGGAUGGGACCCCACUGUCGAGCGGAUCCGUGAUGAGGAGGGUUUCCAAUACAAGUUCACUAUUGGGGAGGAAGUGUUCACCACGACACGUGAACUUGCAACCUAUGGCGCAGACUCUAUGGUUGGGCGUGGAACUCGCGUGUACGAAGCCAAAGACGCCAAGGGAAAGAAAGUUGCCCUCAAAGAUUCAUGGAGAGAAGCUGGACGUCAAUCAGAGGGCGAAAUCCUAGAAAACAUCUUGGCUUCCUGUGCGAAGAAGCUGCAAGCGGAGGAGUUGGCGGACGCCAAGAAGCACUUCGUUGGAGUCCGGCUCUGGCAGGAUGUAACAAUCAACGAUGCCCUAGACGAGACGCUGGACCCGAUGUUCGUAGAAGAGCAUAAUCAUACCUGGGUGUCCAUCGACCUCAAUCCCAUCGUCUCUACGACACCACAUUUACCUAGCACAGGCGACGUACCCCACUCUGGUCAGCUGUCUACCUUUCUUUCCACACAAUUGGGCAUCAUUGCGCGAAAAGACAUUGGCAUCCCACGCAGAGUCCAUACUCGCACUAUCUUCCAUGAUGUAGGAGUAGCUCUCAAGGAUGUCACCUCUUUGGCUGACAAUCUGAAUUGCUUGUCCGGCGCACUUUUGGCCUUGCGUUAUAUGCACAAAGCAGGCUGGGUCCAUCGCGAUUUCAGCGUCGGGAACGCAAUUUGGGUCGGGGGUGUGGGGAAGUUGGGUGACUUCGAGUACGCGAAAGAGAUUGAUUCAAACACUUCUAAUGAUGUUCGAACGGGAACGAUGCAUUUCAUGGCUGUGGAAGUAGAAAGCCAGGAAUACCUUUUCUCCCCACGUCAUGCAUACCAUCGGCACCAGCCUUCAUUUCGCAUGAAUUUCCUGCACGACAUUGAAUCCAUAUGGUGGGCAUUUACCUGGAUUUUAUUUUAUCACACGGACACGAAGACGGCGAACGCCGACCAUUCCUUUGAUGCACAUGCUCAGUUGAAAGAAUAUCAUUCGGCCUUCCCUGGUACGGUCGGCCAGACAUCACGCCUUCAAUUCUUCCUCCGCACUGGAAAACUCCAAACGAAGCUUGAAAAUCUCCUUUCAAAGACGUGCUUUAAUGUUUGCAGCCAUAUUAUUCCUGAUCUCGCACAUGCUCUCCAAGAUGGCUAUGAAAAGGCGGAGGCAAAAUUUCCCACGCUAACGCUCGACGAUGCUCUUCUGAACGAUAUGCACACAAAAGCGGCAACACAUCUUAAUGAUGCGCAACGGCGUGCUGGUGGCAUAGAACUGUGUCCGCUCUCCAAUCUCCUGAAGCAGAAGAGGCCCAGACCGGGAGAUGAAACAUCGCCCCCGCCAAAAAAUCAAGGGAAGAAGCCUCGACGCGAUUGA